UCCCUGCCAGCCCAGGGCUGGUAGGCCUGCUGCCCUCCCUCUCUUUGCUGAUCUCUUUCGGGGUGGGAGCUGCUGAGGACUGGCCCUCCGCUUGGACAGGAGAUGGAGGCUGCCUCUGCAUCUCACCCUGUUCCAGGGGACUCCUCCUGUGCUUUGGCGGGGGCCUCGGGGUUGCGGUGGAGCCCCGGGGUCCCUCGCCUCCUCCUGCCCUCACGUGUGGCAGUUCUUGUUUUGCAGGUGCAGCCGGGUGUGUAGCAACGUUGCUCCACGACGCGGCGAUGAACCCUGCAGAAGUGGUCAAACAGAGGAUGCAGAUGUACAACUCGCCUUACCAGCGUGUGACGGACUGUGUACGGACUGUGUGGCGCAACGAAGGGGCUGGAGCUUUCUACCGCAGCUACACCACCCAGCUCACCAUGAACAUCCCCUUCCAAGCCAUUCACUUCAUGACCUACGAGUUCUUGCAAGAGCAGCUCAACCCCCACAGACAGUACAACCCAAGCUCCCACAUGGUCUCCGGGGCCUGCGCGGGGGCCGUAGCUGCUGCUGCCACUACCCCUUUGGACGUUUGCAAAACACUGCUCAACACCCAGGAGUCCCUGGCUUUGAGCUCCAACAUCAGCGGACACAUCACAGGCAUGGCCAAUGCCUUCAGGACGGUGUACCAAGUAGGCGGUGUGACUGCCUACUUCAGAGGGGUCCAGGCUAGAGUCAUUUAUCAGAUGCCCUCGACAGCAAUUGCCUGGUCUGUGUACGAGUUCUUCAAAUACAUCCUCACCAAGCGCCAGGAGGAGCGUUGGGCUGGGAAGUGAGCCAGAGCCAAAGCCCAUUCCAGACCUGCUUCACCUCCCCUCCUGGUUUGUCUUCUGACCCUCUGCCUUUUGGUUUGGUUUGUGCUGAAGAGAGGGGGCAGCAAAGCCCUUCUGGGCAGCGCCAUUUCUUGCCUGUGGCUGCUGCAGCCCUGCCCAGGCUGCUCAGCUUGUGCUCUCAUCUCCUCUCAGAUUUCCUGCCGAGAGCUACGGCCCAGGUUGCUGCCCCUUGCACUCCGCGGAGCUGCGCUCCUGUCCUUCCCGUAGCGAAAACCUCCUCUGAUGCAAAGCUCACCCGUUUUUGGAGGGGAAGGUGAAUGUCCUGCCCUGCCGCUGGCAGGGUAACGCUGAGCUCGCAGUCACCGCGGAAGGGGCAGCAGCGCUGCCUGGGGUGCCGAGGGCUCUCGUCUGUCUUUUGGCUGAAGCGGAGUGUAAGCCUUGCCGUUGUCUCGUAGCACGCACACGUGAUGCUGACUGCCCUGGUGGUGGUGGUGGUGGUGAUGGGGAAGGAUGGCACUUGAGGAGGGGAGUCUGUAGGUUUGUUACUGUUCCUGCUCUUGACACCUCCAAUAAAAACAGUUCUGCUCUAU